GCGGCACUUCCGGGUCAGCGCCAGAGGCGGUGGUGGCUCCGCGGGGUCCCGGCGGUAGCGGACGAGACGAGGCCGCGGGCGGGCGGUAUUGUUAGGCCAUGGAGGCUUUAAUGGAACGAGAAAUGCAAUAAAGCUGAGUGGAUGAGGCACGAAAUUAAAUCUCAGCAUCUGGAAGCUGUAAGCAGAGCAUCGAUGUAUUAGCUGUAUCACAGACAGUGGCUUUUUGAAGCGCCUGGCUCUGCCAGUGCUACAGAGUAGUAAAAUGUUUGCAAAACUGAAGAAGAAGAUCGCAGAAGAGGCAGCUAUUGCUCCCAGGCCCGGGGGGGCGGCCAGGAUACCGCGCUCCAUCAGCAAAGAGUCCAUCACGUCCGUGGGAGCGGACUCGGGAGACGACUUUGCUUCUGAUGGAAGCAGCUCUAGAGAGGAUCUUUCAUCCCAGUUGUUCAGAAGAAAUGAACAAAUAAGAAAACUGGAGGUGAAGCUGUCUGAUUAUGCUGAUCAGAUCCGAAACUUGCAGAAGAUAAAAGAGAAGCUUGAAAAUGCAUUAGAAAAGCAUCAAGAUUCUUCCAUGAGGAAGUUUCAAGAGCAGAAUGAAGCCCACCAGGCCAACCGAGCCAAGAUGGCUGAAGGAAUGGCUUUGGCCUUAGAAAAAAAGGACCAGGAGUGGAUGGAAAAAUUGAGUCACAUUGAAAAGGAAAAAAAAAUGCUCGAAACACAGUUACAAGAAAUGAGGGAGCGGAGCUUGAAUCUUUUUCAAAAGAGAGAUGAAAUUGAUGAACUGGAAGGCUUUCAACAGCAGGAAAUGGCCAAAGUUAAACACAUGCUUUUGAAAAAAGAAGAAUGUCUAAGCAAAGCAGAGCAGGAACUAGAGGCACGCACUCGAGAACUAAUCCAUGCUAAGGAGAUGCUUCAGGAAGCGAGCACCGAGUCAUCAGGCCUGCGGAAAGAUCUUCAUGAGUUGCAGGAGCAGUUCUUGGAGGUGGAGGCACGGAGAGAUGAACUGAUGACAGCUGAGAGGAAUGCAGAAAAUAAGAUCACUGCUCUGGAGUUGAGAGAACAGGAGCUACAAACUGUCAUUCAGCACCUUUCUGUAGACUUGCAAAAUGCUCGAGUUGCUGGUUCUGGAUGUGAGAAGAGACUGGAAACGUUACGGGUAGAGCAUGAAUCUCUGAAGGUGGAAUAUGAACAACACAAGCUAAAGAUGACUUUUGAAUUUGCUGAGAGAAGUAAACUUAUUGAACAGUUGCAGGAAAAAGUGUCUUCCUUGGAAAAGAAGUUAGAAAGAAAUCUUUCAGGGGAUGAACAUGUACAGGAACUGCUCAAGGAGAAAGCUUCUCUUGAGCAGAAACUAGAUGAAACCAGUCAACAGAUAUUAACAGACAGAAUGGAUCAUGCUAAUGGCAUGAACCAGUUAGAAACACAGAAUAGAGAACUGGAAGAGAAACUACAGAUUGCAACAGAAGCAUUGAAAAUGAGCAAAGAGGCAGCCUGUGAGCAGGAUUUGAAGAUCCAGAAGUUGCAAAUGGAUGUAGAAAAUGAAAGAAGUAAACUACAACAGCAGGUUUUAAGUGAGAAACACCAGUAUGAACAGAAGAUUUCUGAGCUAGAGUCUCAAAUUGCUGCUCUUCAAACAGCUUGGGAAUUUGAUAAAACAGCUGCUCAGCACAAGAUAAGCCAGCUGGAAAAGGAAAAUGAAAAUCUUAAUGGAAGCAGAGAAGAGUAUGAGAGUUCUUUAAAAAAGCAAGAAUCUGUUCUGAACAAACUAAAGAAAGAAUUGAGCAGCAGAGAGACUGUCAAUACUGAAAUUGCCAACACAUUGGAAGAAACAGAAAAACAAAAGGACAAAUUGCAACAACAGGUUUCGCAUCUGGCUUCCUUAAUAAAGGACAAAGACCGGCUUAUUGAUGAAAAAUCUGGUAUGCUUCUAAAACAGAAGGAAGAACUAAACCAACUCAGGCAAGAUCAUGAAGCUGCAUUGCUGCAAAUGCACCAGUUACGAUCUGACAUAGAGGCAAGUAAUAGCCAAGCAGUGGAGAAAGAAGAAACAGCAAGGAAGGAAAUAGAAGAAUUGAAGCUGCAGAUACAGGAGUUCCUAUUGGCCAGAGAACAUGAGAAAAAUGUUUCAGAACUAGAAGAAUCAGCAAGAGGCUUGAAUGAGCACUUACAUCUUCCAGAAAAUUGUGCGACAGAACAGAAUGGAGAGGUAACAGCUACAGAUGUCAUUCAACUUCAGAAGGAUAACAGAGAGCUGGAACAGCAAAUUGUUGAGAAAAACAAGAUGAUAAAGCAGCUACAACAAAGAAUGGCAGAACUGAAAAAAACUCUCCAGAAGGAGUUGAAAAUAAGGCCGGACAGUGAAGUACCUGAACUACGUGAAAAAACAAAUUCUGAAGUGCCUAAUGCUUCUGUGACUGUCACAAACAACUCGGAUUUAAAUGACUCAAGGGAGAUAAACUUUGAGUACCUUAAACAUGUUGUACUAAAAUUCAUGUCCUGCCGGGAGUCUGAGGCAUUCCAUCUUAUUAAGGCUGUUUCUGUGUUACUGAAUUUUUCCCAAGAGGAAGAAAAUAUGCUUAAAGAAACUUUGGAGUACAAGAUGUCGUGGUUUGGGUCAAAGCCAUCUCCCAAAGGCAGUAUCCGGCCCUCUAUCUCAAGCCCAAGGACACUGUGGUCUUAAGGGAUCCUGAAAAUGGGCAGUCAGCAUUUAGCCACUCUUUUUUUCUGUGAAAAGAACACUGAACACACCAUUUCAGGUGUGUCUUAAUCACUGUCAUUGCAGUAUUUUGUACAAGAACUUUGACGCUGUUUACAAAAGUAAUGUUGUGCAAGGAGAAACCUUCACUACAGACUGACACCUCUUGUGGGCUGGGAUCAGGGACCUUUGUCUCAAUGGUGUCUCAAUGGAAGUCAGCUCCUUGUGCUCACCAGACCUGUUAUCUUGGCACCAAAGGGUAACAUUAACCUCACUAACGUGGGUGCUGGCAGUUCAAGCUUCUAACACAUGCAUCUGUUGUGAUGGUGAUUCCAGCUUAUGUUAGGGAGUGCGAGGGUUGCAUAACUCCAGGCACAGUAAAGCUUCCUUGUCUCAUUGUGGAAAGCAGUGGAAAAAAAUAUGUUGGCAAUACUGUACUGAAUUUUUGACAGUUGGAAAUGACUUUCAAAGAACAGGAGCAGGAGCUUUAACCAAAAAAGAAAUUUGCCUUGCCUUGUAAUACUGACAUAACUAAUAGUCUGCAUCUUUUCAUAUCACUGUGUAAUAUAAGGUGCAUAUAUCCUGGCCUGCAGUCUUGAAGGCUGCAUGUUGAUCAUGAUUAUUUAAUUUGAGAGCACAACUUUAGAGUUGUCUGAUUUUACUUUUCUUAAAGAAAAAUAAUAUUUAAAAUGGUCUUCAUUAUAGUACCUAAUACUCAGUCGCCUUUAAAACUAAUCUGUUAGUCUGUACCAUAGGUUGUUAGCACUGGGAAGAAGGGGUAGUAAACCAUUUUAAAUUUUUAAAACUGAAUUCCAGGUAUUGUAAAUGUACACUGAAAAUACUUUUUAUAAUUAAAAAGAAAAAAGUAAAAAAAGAUUAUAUAUAUAUAUACAUUGAAAGAGCGUGAAUAAUAUUGGUACUAAGCACUUUGGGCUUUCUUCCUUAACAAGUCUGCUAGCAACAAAAUUUCAUAACCAGUAUCUUUUGUUGUGGUUUUGUGUAGUUCAGAUACUGUUGCUUAUAAACUGUUCUGAGCAUGUAGCAGGCUGUUAGCUGUCCUAACUACAUGAUAAAAGACCACGGCUUAGGAGGUUUUUGUUUCUGAGGGCAAAAUUCAACUCUUAACAAAUCAGUCUUGGUUCUGGCAGUUUGCUUUCUUCUGCCUUAGAAAAGGGGACCAAGCUGACACAGAUUAGAAGCACAGUUUUGCCCUUCAGUUUUAACACCGCCACAAAAUCUAGAUUGUAGGAAGCAGCAAAGCAAUCAGGCUUACUUCUUAAAACUUGGAGUAUGUGUGUGUAUAUGUAUAUAUAUGUAUAUAUACAUACGUGUGUGUGUGUGUAUAUAUAUAUAUACAUACACUCCAUAUAUAUAUUUUAUAUAUAUAUAUAUAUAUACACUCCAUGUAUAUAUUAUAUUUUAUAUAAAUAUAUAAAAGAAAUGUGAUGAACAAGCUGCUAUUGUGGUAAUUCUCUUACAAUGAGGUUUGUGUUACUAAAAAUAUUUUUAUUAAAUAUAUUUAAAAAAAUCUACCUGUCCUGUAGUGGAGAUGUGGUCACGUUCAGAGCUCUGACUUAGCUUUACUGACAGGAGACAUGAGCGACCGUGGUGGUGGUGGCAGGUGAGAUACAGUGUUAAGAGUUACAGCAUGGCAGCUGCUGUGAAAAGAUGGAAGUAUUCUACACGAGGUCAGUCACCAGAGCAGCAAACAUGCUGCAGAUUUAUACCUUAGUGGACUGGACCCAUUUUUGUUAAGCAGCUGUACCCAAGACAUAGGUAUUCACUGCAGCUAUUGCCUUGGCACAGGUGACACUCCUUUUAAGAGCUAGGAUCUAUUGAAAUACAUACAGUAAAAUCAGCGUGACUCUCUCAUAUGCUAAAACUUGAUCCAUGGCACUUAACUGUAUAGAAUAGGGAAGUUUAUGGGAAGAGUGCAACUCUAGUAUGAAAAUAGACAAUCAAAAAGUAGAUUUCUGUCAGUUGCUCCUGUAUUGGAACAAAGUGAGAGCAGGAUGACCCUCCUGGGCCUCGGAAGGGUCUGUCUUUAGAAUGUCUCCUUGCCCUGCCCUGCUUCUGUGCGACCUGAGGCCGCAGGACAGGAUCCUCCCUAGUCACACUGCUGCAGGCUGAAUGACAGAUUUGGUUUCAGUUGUGCCUGGCUUGAACAGUUACUGCUGUUCAGUAAGGAAUGCAGUAUAGGCAGCCUGCAAGAAAGAGUGACGCAUACAUUUUAGAUUAUAUAUUGACUAACACAAGCAGUUUAGGAUCCCAAAGCUCAUUAACUUACCAUGAACGAGUUCUCAAGUGUUGAAUUUUCUUCAGAUCAGAGCAAGAAUGGUGUGUGUGUGUAUGUAUAUAUGUACAUAUAUAUUAAAAAAAAAGCUAAUGCACUUUCCCUUGUAUAAAAACAGUGGUAUACACAAUCCUUUCUAUGGCUGUUGAAUUUCUUUCCUUCUAUGCUGUAAAUAUGGAUUGUAUUAUGAAACACUAUGAAAUUUGUGGUGCAAUACGUUUUGGAUUAAAACUCUAAUCUUGA